AUUUGUAGAGCAAAUGUUUACACUUGACCGUCUCACAACGAAGACAUCACAGCCUUCCACUCCGGAGAAACCGAACUAAACUGAAAAAUGGAUCCAUGUGAAUGCUCCAAGACUGGAACAUGCAACUGCGGUGGUAACUGUAGCUGCACUAACUGUGCCUGCACAUCUUGCAAGAAGACCAGCUGCUGCUCCUGCUGUCCAGCCGGGUGCAGCAAGUGCGCCUCUGGGUGCGUGUGCAAAGGGAAGACCUGCGACAAGACCUGCUGCCAGUGAUGAGGGACGCCAUGUGGCAAUGUGUAGAACUGCAGGCAAUCUGUUAAUGAGAUGCACUAAUUUUUGUACUUGUUACUUAAAAAAUGUAAUAAAUUGCAACUAGAAGACAAA